GGCGAGGAUCACCUGGUGAACUUCUACCGCCGCACCGUUCAUGUUCGUGACCGAAACGGAGUACUAGUCCCAUGCACGGUGCCUCCUCCUCACCCUUCGAUCAACUGCCACGUGGUGUCCGCCGCAAGCGAAGUGAGGAUCACCCGGUGAACUUCUACCGCCGCACCGUUCACGUUCGUGACCAUAACGGAGUGCUAGUCCCAUGCACGGUGCCUCCUCCUCACCCUUCGAUCAGCUGCCACGUGGUGUCCGCCGCAAGCAUUCGAGCUUCCAUCAUCAGGGAUGACAUCGAGGAGAUGGGUGUGUGUUUUCUCCACACCCUCCCGCCCCGAGACAUCCCAUCGACGGACUCAUCAUCGGACCCACGCAUCACCGAGCUUCUCGACGCCUAUGGCGACGUGUUCGAAGCCCCGCACGGAGUAGCACCGGAUCGGCCCAUCCGCCACGAGAUCAUCCUCGAGGCCGGGGCCGUACCUCCGUGUGGUUGUAUCUACCGCAUGAGCGAGGAAGAGUUAAGUGUGCUACAGGCACAACUCAACGACCUUCUCGAGAAAGGCUGGAUUCGACCUAGCUCUUCGCCAUACGGUGCCCCCGUUCUCUUCGUCCGGAAGAAGAACAAGGAUUUGCGGUUGUGCAUCGAUUAUCGCAAGCUCAACGCGCAUACCGUCAAGAACGCUGGCCCUCUUUCGCGCAUCGACGACCUCCUCGAACGGCUGGGCGGCGCCAAGUUUUUCUCCAAGCUUGACCUCAAAUCGGGAUAUCACCAACUCGACAUCCGGCAGGAGGACCGUUACAAGACCGCGUUUAAGACGCGAUAUGGGCAUUUCGAAUGGCUGGUUAUGCCUUUCGGCCUUACGAAUGCCCCAACCACAUCCCAGUCGGCUAUGACAACAGAGUUCCGACACAUGCUGGAUAAAUUCGUACUCAUCUACCUCGACGACAUCUUGGUGUACAGCCGGAGUUUGGACAAGCAUGUGGAGCACCGGCGCACUAUUUUGGAGCGGCUACGACAACCCAAGUACAAAGCCAACCGCAACAAAUGUGAAUUCGCGCGGCAAGAGUUGGAGUACUUGGGACAUUAUGUGACRCCGCAAGGCAUCCAUCCGCUUGCGGAUAAGAUUGAGGCCAUCCAUGUAUGGCCCAAGCCCACCAACACCACGGACGUUCGCUCAUUCAUGGGGUUGGCGGGCUACUAUCAACGAUUCAUCACCGGGUACUCAAGGAUUGCCGCACCUAUGACGAGAUUACAAUCGCCGAAGGUGCCAUUCGUAUUCGAUGACGACGCAUGUCGGUCAUUCCAAGCACUCAAGACGACCAUGCUCAUGGCACCCGUCCUUAGCAUCUAUGACCCCGCCCUGCCAACAAGAGUGACAACUGACGUUUCCGGCUAUGGCAUUGGGGCAGUCUUGGAACAACACGACGGCGAUGACCGGCACCCCGUGGAGUAUUUCAGCCACAAAGUGCCUCCCAUCAAUUCACUUGAUGAUGCAAGGAAGAAGGAGCUGCUCGCGUUCGUGAUGGCUCUCAAGCGAUGGCGGCACUUCCUCCUUGGGUGUCAUAGGUUCACAUGGGUCACGGACAACAACCCAUUGACCUACUAUAAGAUGCAGGAUACGGUGAGCAGCACGAUCGGACGAUGGAUGUACUUCAUCGACCAAUUUGACUUCACACCGAAACAUCUCGNGAUGCAGGAUACGGUGAGCAGCACGAUCGGACGAUGGAUGUACUUCAUCGACCAAUUUGACUUCACACCGAAACAUCUCGCCGGCCUCUCCAAUUGCGCAGCAGAUGCACUCUCGCGAAGACCHGAUCUUUGCGCUAUGACACAUCAUGCCUUCGCAUUCGACGAGGAGCUUCAACGACACUUCAUCCGGGCAUAUCAGUCUGAUCCGGACUUCGGCACGCUCUAUGCACAGCUAUCUUCGGAUCACCCGCCGACCAGCCACUAUCGCAUCGUCGAUGGGUACUUGCUCCUCCACUCGAGAGGCAAGGACUUCCUAUGUGUCCCACGAGACCGUCGUCUUCGGACUCGCCUUCUCGGCGAGUACCAUGACUCGCGACUCGCCGGCCAUUUCGGAGUCAAUCGCAUUAUUGCACGACUUCGGCAACGAUUCCGAUGGCCCGACCUCAUUACCGAUGUCACUCGGUAUUGCGAUUCUUGCGACGUUUACCGACGAAGCAAGCCCCGCAACUGCAAUCCCUACGGCGAGUUGCGCCCGAUGCCUAUCCCACGGGAACCCGGCCUCUCCAUCGCCAUGGACGUCACCGGUCCGUUUCCCCGCAACCGGCUCGGGCACGACCACAUCCUCACGGUCGUUGACCGUUUGAGUAAGUAUGCGCGAUUUCUUCCUUGCAAGUACUACGCCGCGACUCCCUAACUUGCGCGCCUCUUACACACCGGUUGGAUUUGCAGCCACGGCGUACCGGACCACGACACUUGCUUCAUGUC